CGGUUUCAUGAAAAGAUUAAAUCAGUCAAUGACAGCAUUUCUGCAAAGGAAAGUCCGGGGACUUUUCCCAAAGAAACAAAGAUAACAUGACUAAAAAAGACAUGUACCUUUCUCUUCGAUAGCCAAUCUUCGCUGUAGCCCACGUUUUUGUCAAAGGCACGUGGUUAUAUACGCCUACGUUCAGCCAAUCAUUAGCUAGGCCUAGUCCUUUCUGGCGGUAAAGAAAAUGUGGUUUUGUGUUUCGAGGGACACGAAAUUAUUUGUUUGGGUUAAAUUGCAAUAUUCAAGAUGGCUGCUUCAAACGCAAGAAAAAAAGAUAUUUUUCAGAAAAAGAUUCCACAAAAUCCCAGAUACCAGCAUGUGAAAAGUACUCUUGAUACAGGUGCAAGUGUUUCUAAUUACAUGAGCAAGUUAGAAGAAACAAGAAAAAACUAUCGAUUUCGAAAAGAUGAAAUAUUCAAGCGGAUGAAAGUCUCAACCUUUGCUCAAUUGGUCUUACAAGUAGCUGAAGUUGUAAAUAUUGAAUUGGAACGCCAACUGCUGGAAACAGCUAGAACAGAAGAGAAUAAUGAAGAAGAGGAAGAAGAGGUAGCAAAUGAACAAUGUAAUGGUACACUUACAGACAGAUCUCUGCUCCAAAAUGUUGUGCGUGGGUUUGGUGAAGUUGACUUAAAUGGCGAAAGCGACAAUCCGUCUGAAAAUAAAAUCGAAAAUGAGGAAAAGGAUUUGUUUUUGACGCCGGAACCGACCAGUCUUCCAUAUUUGCUGUUAGAUGUGCGAGAUAAAGACGCAUAUAACGAAUGUCAUAUAAUUGGAGCUCUCAACUAUCCUUCAGCAAUGUUAGCUAGAUCUGUUAAUUAUCUCACCAAAGAAAUGCUCUUAUUUAAAAACAAAACUGGUAAAGUGAUUAUCAUUUAUGAUGACGAUGAGAAGAUUGCACCCAACGUAUCUACAGUUUUGGUACAACGCGAAAUUGAUAAUGUUAUUAUGUUGUCCGGAGGUAUGAAAGUGUUGAAUAAAAAAUUUCCCGGUUGUUUUAUGACUGGUACACUGCCGUCCACCUGCUUUUCACCCAGGGUGGAUCGAAAGGGCAAACCACGUCCUCCUCCGCAGAUUACAGAAAAUGAAAAUGUCGAAUGGUACUCCUCGGAGCUAUUAGAACGCAUGCAAGACAGUUUAGACGAAGUUUUGUUAAACAAUGAAUCAAGUCGAAUGUCUUCAAGACUUUCAACAGGUCGUUCAACAAAAGCUAGUAGUCGUAUGUCGACGUCAUCAAAUAAAAGCAACACAAGUCAGAAAACAUGGAGAUGACGUCAUGUGGAGUCGGCGUAAAUUUUCGUCUUAUUUUGCAAAUUCGAUACCAGUGAAGAAAUGUCGAAUUUUUUUACUCGUGUGACCAUGCACCUGGCACAGUGUACGCACUUAUUCGUGCGCCAAACAUUUUUCGUGAUUGUAAAACAGAAAUUGUAUAUAAAAUGUAGCAUUGUAAUUAAAAAUUGGCUCAGCUUCUGAAAAAGGAAUGUGCUAAUUUCAGGUAAAUUAGGUCAAUGUUUUUCUGUUUUUGUCUACGCGUGUUUUUAUAAGUUAAGGCCUAAGGCUAAGAUUUGGGGGGGGGGGUCAAAGACUAAGAAAAUGGACACGCUAAAACUGUUAAUUUGCGUAGGGAGCACCCAUAAGAUAUGUAAGCACUGAGAGAGGAGGGGUCAUACAGCAUAGGAGGGUUUCAUAUGUGCGGACGUAAGGACUUUGACCAUCAUUAAUUCUAUGUUUUUAUUGUUUCUAUUAUUUCUGUUUAAACAUGUCUUAAAUAAAAAUUGAUUAAACUAUUUUACUUACUGUAAAGAUUUCAUAGAAUGAGAUGUUCGAGUUUUUGUUUAAGGUCAAAUUUUUUUAAGGCCAGGGUGGGGAGAGUCUAGCCAAAUUUUAGUGAUUUCAUGCGUACGUACACAAGAGUAAGGGAACAGAGCAAAGACGUACAUACAGUGGGGUGAAUAGGUCAGAAAAUGGACAAUGUGGCGCGUACGUACUUUGUGGAUGCUCCCCAGUCUAGCAAUCAAACUCCGCUCUUUAAAGUCUUUUAUUUUAGAAAUAAUUUCUCAUAACAUUAUUGAUUCAAACACAACUUUAUCGCUGAAAUCUUGUAAAAUUUAAAUACUCUGUUUGAUAACAUUAAUACUUAUCAAAAGUUUUCUUUCGCAACUGAGUAUUGAAAUAAAAAAUGGGAGUCGCUUAUCAGAAACGUGUAUUUCAAAAUGAUGUAGUUUUUUUUUGGCGUUUUAUUAUAUUGUGUUUUUAUGUUUUGAA